UUUGUAAAACUCAGCGUUUCCUCAGCUGUGCAAAUGUCUCUCUGUAUCUCCGGCUCCGUCGCAUAUAUUCUUCUCUUCUCAGGCAAAUUACUCGCUGCUGUUUAGCUUCCUCCCUUAUCUCUCUCUCCCUUUCAACUGCGGUGUUCAAGUCUUUUUCGUCUUUUCUGGGUAUUGGCUUUCAGUUUUGUUGAAUGAAAUAAAACUGGGUUCUUCUACUCUACUGCAAAUUUAGGGAGCAGAAACAGAGAGAUGUUUGGGAGUAUGGUUCGGUACUUUUCUACAAAACCCAAACCAAAAAUGAAGCCAAUCGAGCUGACAAUGCCGCCAGAGCAAACACAGACCAUAACCAGAGUCAUAUUUGACAUUCUCAAGGAGCAUGGCCCCCUCACCGUCGGUGAUACUUGGGAACGAGUUAAGGAGGUUGGGUUGAGAGGACUUACGGGAAAGAGCCAUAUGAAGAUCGUGCUGAGAUGGAUGAGAGAAAGACAGAAGAUUAGGCUAAUAUGUAACCAUGUGGGACCUCACAAACAAUUUCUGUAUACAACUUGGUUCACUAAGCCCAACAUCAGGCAGGCUAGAGCUGUCAAUAAUUCCUCAGCUUCACCAACUAGUUUACCUCUCAAUUCUUCAACUCCAAAGUCGACUCGAGGUUAAGUUGCUUGCUAUGCGAUACGACCGGCUUCAGGACAUUUACUAUUUAAUAAAUGUAAUGUUGUAGAAACUUCACCGUACUGUGAACUAGAAUUAGUUUAUUCUCUUGUUCCAAUAUAAUUCCAUUUUUCAUGUUGAAAUU